GGAAUUCUAGUGAAGUCGACGCGAAGCAAAGAAGCUCUCUCUGUCGCUGCCUCCAAUUUAAAUAUUUUAAUUUUAUACUAACUCUCCCUAACAACAAUCCCUUCUCUAGCUACUCUAGUCUCUACCUAGUACAUACAUUUUAAAUUUCAUUCUCUAUAUAUCUCAAUCUUUUCUUGCCAACUCUUUGAUCAAACGCACCAUAUGGAUAUUCAUGAAGAAGGAGUUGUAAUCAUCAGGAGAGCAGAAAUCGAUACUCGAGCUCCGUUCCGGUCAGUCAAGGAGGCUGUUACAUUGUUUGGCGAGAAAGUUUUGGCUGGCGAGCUCUAUGCCACCAAGAUCAAAGAGAUGCAUGCUGAAAAUGGGGACGGCGCGACCAAGCUUGGAAACGUGACAGCUGAACUAGAGGAAACCAAACAAAGGCUUUCAAAAGCUAAAGAAGAAAGCAUGAUGAUGGCAACUUACUUGUCUUCUCUUCAACAAGAACUCGAAACUACAAAGACAGAACUCCAACAACUAAAGUCAUCACGCAACACAGAAUUAACGGAGUCUGAAACUGAGGAUGUGAAAAUUGUUCAAGAAAUCGAAUUCCAAAAGAAAAGAUUUGUAACUUUUGCACAAACUCCUUCGCUGGUGACAAUUGAUGAAGUUCUUGAGAGACACCCUUCUCUUAGAAAGAAGAAGAAGAAGCCUUUGAUUCCUCUCAUUGGAGGAAUCUUUUCCAGGAAAAAAGGAACUCAAAAUUUCACUUCCUCCUGAAUAUUUCUGAGUCUUAACUAAUUUCUAAAAUUAUGACAUAUCCGAUAAUAAUUAUCUUUCGAUUAUACCACUCCUAAAAGUUUUCCUAGUUUUUUUUUUUUUUUUGUAUUAGUAAUUUGUGUACCUAAUUCUACCUCAAGUUUGUAUGGAGUAUGACAUAAUGAUAUAAAUGUGAGUAUAAUUGUUUGUACUGCCACAAAAUAAAUGUUUGUACUGCCACAAAACU